UUUUUGGUGACAAUUUAAACGAAAUGGGUUGGUAUGUCGGCGAAGUUAUUAAAGAUCUCUGGGCAAACAGACUUGCUUUUAACACUCUUGCUAUAUUCCUUUCUGACCACGGGCCUCACCAAGAGCUGUGUAAUAAUGGAGGAUCAACGGCUGGACUAAAGGGUAAUUUUUUUAAAGUCGUCAUUUUCACAUUUAAUUAUUCCCACUUUUCGUCCCAGGUGGAAAAUCCAAUACUUUUGAAGGCGGAUUUCGUAUCCCAAUGA